CUAAUUCUGCAAGUUCUUUCGGCACGUUUAGCACACUGCUAGUGCUUUUGAACUCCUAUUUUAUUUUAUUAAAUUAACUAUUAUUCUUGUAAGCCAUUUCGGCAAGUAGGACUACUGGUAUUGUUUUUACACAAAAUAAUCUAGAUCUACAGCCAUCUCAUUUUUUAGGGAAAGAAAUUGAUAUUCGAAAACUAAGAGUGAGCCAUGGCUUCCCCAGUAUCAGCAGAACAGAAACUUCCCUAUGUUUAUGUUGGUAGAUCAGGUCUCAAAGUCUCUAACUUGUGCUUAGGGGCAAUGACCUUUGGUGAAUCAGCUUGGGGCACACCUGGACAGUGUGAUGAAGAAUUGUCUUUUCAAAUUUUGGAUCGUUUUGUUGAGUGGGGUGGAAACUUUAUCGACACUGCUAAUGUUUAUGGGCGAGGGAAAUCUGAGGAGAUUGUUGGAAAAUGGCUGGAAAAGCAAACCAGAGAUAACUUUGUCAUAGCAACCAAGGUCCGUGCAAACAUGGGAACAGAAAACAAUGUCAACAAUGUUGGCCUUAGUAGACGUCAUAUCACAGAGAGUAUUGAGAAAAGUCUUAAGAGGUUGCGUACUGACUAUGUAGAUCUUUACCAGGCACACGUUUAUGAUGAUGGUACUCCUCUUGAAGAAACUUUUCGCACUUUUGAUGACUUGGUUCGCUGUGGUAAAGUUCGCUAUAUUGGUGUCAGCAACUUCACAGGUUGGCAAUUACAAAAGCUCGUUGACCUUAAUGAGAAGCUGGGAUUAAAUCCUAUUAUCAGUUUACAGCAACAAUACAAUCUCGUCAGCAGAGAAUCAGAACUGGAGCCAUUCCAGGUGUGUAAAACAUCAGGUAUUGGAGUCUUACCAUGGAGCCCACUUAAAGGCGGUUUGUUGACUGGAAAAGUAAAACGAGGACAGAAACCGGAGGAGGGUCGUAUGGCCUGGGUGGCGGAAAAUGAAUCCAGGGCAAGCCAGGCAGCCCCUGCCUGGACCAGCUUUGAUGAUAAAACUUUUGAUUUGAUAGAAGCCGGAGAAGCCAUCGCCAAAAAAUAUGAUCGAAGUCUAGCUCAGGUAGCCAUUCGCUGGCUGCUGCAAAAAGACGUUGUGUCCUCUGUGAUCAUUGGAGCGAGAAAUCUGAAACAGCUGGAUGAUAACCUUGGUGCAGGAAAUGGCUGGUCUUUAACUAAAGAGGAGAUGCAACAGCUUGAUGAUCUCUCCAAGCCUAAACUACCUUAUCCUUAUGAGAUGGUGUUUAGACUUAAUGAGGACAGACGGAAUGUCAACGGUGUUGACCAGUAUGUACGAUCAGUCAGCAACUAGAACCUUGUACAUCUGGGACAGCUAGCAUUAUCACUGUUAAAAACCAUUGCAGCCUUAAUAUUUUACUGUCCAAUAUCUAAUUAGCUAUGCAACGGUGUUGACCAGUAUGUCCAAUAUCUAAUUGGUUAUGCAAAAUAGUGUUGUUAUUUUAAUAUUAUACAUUGCAAUAUUUAAUUUUUAAAUUAAUGUUAUGUUGAAUAUGUUAAGCUCCAUUUAUUUAAAAUAGCGUAUACAUGAUUAAACU